AAAGAAACCAGAGCCAACGGCAAGCUGCAACUCCUUUCGACAACAACCGAGGGACUGAAAACGACGUCACGCCCGCUAGUUUCUCUAUUCUUGAAGCAAUAGCUUUGCUUCUUCACUUUCAGAUCUCCUCUCCAACUCACAUUGCCGUUAGGGUUCUCAUCGUAUUUAUGACCAUCUCCUAGCGGAUCACCCUGUUCUACGCAUUCCUCCUCACUUUCUCUCUGUUUGGAGUGUGUUGUUUUGGAUCAGAAAAUGGUGGCUUCUGUGCCGAUCACACCUGGACAGGUCUCUUUUUUGCUUGGCAUUGUCCCAAUUUUCAUUGCAUGGAUAUAUUCAGAGUUUUUAGAGUAUAAGAAAUCCGCAUCUCAUUCCAAAGUCCAUUCAGACAACAAUCUGAUUGAAUUAGCACAGCAGACAAUUAAAGAAGAUGACCGGGCUGUUUUGCUGGAAGGAGGACUUGCAAGAUCAGCAUCUGCUAAAUUCCAUGUGUCAUCUCUCAAAACGACCUUAAUCAGGUUUUUGACUAUGGAAGAGUCUUUCUUGCUGGAACAUCGACAAGCUUUGAGAGCAAUGUCUGAGUUUGGGGCCAUUCUGUUCUAUUUCUAUAUAUGUGACCGCACAAGUUUACUAGGAGAAUCUACUAAGAAAUACAGCCGUGAUCUUUUCCUCUUUCUCUAUGCUCUUCUCAUCAUAGUUACAGCAACAACUUCUUUGAAGAAACAUAAUGACAAAUCAGCAUUCUCUGGAAAAACAAUGCAAUACCUUAGUCGGCAUCAGACUGAAGAAUGGAAAGGUUGGAUGCAGGUACUCUUUCUAAUGUACCACUACUUUGCUGCUUCUGAGAUAUACAAUGCAAUACGUCUCUUUAUAGCUGCAUAUGUUUGGAUGACUGGAUUUGGCAACUUCUCGUAUUAUUACAUCAGGAAGGACUUUAGCCUUGCACGCUUUGCUCAGAUGAUGUGGCGGCUAAAUUUCUUUGUAGCCUUUUGCUGUAUUGUUCUAAACAAUGACUAUAUGCUCUAUUACAUAUGCCCAAUGCACACGCUUUUCACUCUGAUGGUGUAUGGAGCCCUGGGCAUUUUUCACAAGUAUAAUGAGAUACCAUCAGUGAUGGCCAUUAAAAUUCUUGCAUGCUUUCUUGUGGUUAUCCUGAUUUGGGAAAUUCCUGGAGUUUUUGACUUGUUCUGGAGUCCACUCUCAUUCUUAUUAGGAUACACUGAUCCUGCAAAACCUGAUCUACCUCGACUUCACGAGUGGCAUUUUAGAUCUGGUCUUGAUCGCUAUAUAUGGAUCAUUGGAAUGAUAUAUGCAUACUAUCAUCCCAAUGUUGAGAAAUGGAUGGAGAAAUUGGAGGAAUGUGAAACCAAGAAAAAACUCUCAAUCAAAGCAAGCAUUGUUGCUGUUUCCUUGUUCGUUGGUUAUCUGUGGUAUGAAAAUAUCUAUAAGUUGGACAAGGUUACAUACAACAAGUACCAUCCCUACACAUCCUGGAUUCCCAUAACUGUCUACAUUUGCCUGCGGAAUUUCACUCAGCAGUUUCGGAAUUACUCCUUGACACUUUUUGCGUGGCUUGGCAAGAUAACUUUGGAGACCUAUAUUUCUCAAUUCCACAUCUGGCUCAGGUUUUGGCUUCUUUCUCUUAUUCCGGAAUAUCCAUUGCUCAACUUCAUGCUUACAACUGCCAUUUACGUCUUGGUAUCUCAUCGCAUUUUUGAAUUGACAAAUACACUUAAGUCAACUUUCAUAUCAACAAAGGAAAAUCGACGGCUGCUGUAUAAUUGUGUAGCUGGAGCAGUCAUUUCACUGUGUUUAUAUUGUGUCUCACUCAUUCUACUUCAGAUUCCUCAUUCACAAGCCUGAGAAAAACAAGACUAAAAAUUAGGAUUACAUUGAUCUUUCACAUUGGCCAUUGGGCAUACAAGAAAAUAUAUAGUUGCACAAUAAAGGGGACUUCAGACUUGGAAGCUCUUUCUGGAGAUCUAGCUUAUGAACCGAGUUCUUCCAGUAAUUUCGAGUAAUGUGGCCUCCAAUUGUGUUCUCAAGCUGGAAUUAGAUUACAGGAGUUUAAUGGAGGUCCGGCAAACGACAGGAAGUUUUUUCUUUUUCAUUUUUUCAUUUUUUUUUUUCAUCCUCUUCUUGUAAUAUUGCAAAUCGGAAAACAUCAUUUCUCUUCUCAUUUUCCAGUCAUUCUUUGAACAAAAUGUAGAUCCCUGUCACAUGGGUUGUAUCGUCUGGCAUCAAACGAAUUCAAGAUUGAAUACUAAUUUGAUUCAUAUGUUGUACCAUACAUGUUGCGACAAACUUGUAUAUCAAAAUUGAAAGCUUUUUGCAAUCUACCGAUUAAAUUUAAUAAAUAAUUUAUUAAUUA